AUGCAUUAUGGCACCCUCACCACAAUCAGCACCCUCACUACAAUCAGCACCGUCACCACAAUCAGCACUGUCACUAUAAUCAACACCCACCCACCACAAUCAGCACCCACCCACCACAAUCAGCACCCACCCACCACAAUCAGCACCCACACUGCAAUCAGCAACCACCCACCCACUACAAUCAGCACCCACACACCACAAUCAGCACCCACCCACUACAAUCAUCACACUCACUACAAUCAGCACCCUCACCACAAUCAGCACCCACCCACCACAAUCAGCACCCUCACUGCCAUCAGCAACCUCACCACAAUCAGCACCCACCCACCACAAUCAGCACCCUCACUACAAUCAGCACCCUCACUGCAAUCAGCACCCUCACCACAAUCAGGAAAUCAGCACCCUCACUACAAUCAGCCGCCACCCACCACAAUCAGCACUCUCACCUCAAUCAGCACCCACCCACCACAAUUAGAACCAUUACCGCAAUCAGCACCCACCCACCACAAUCAGCACCCUCACUCCAAUCAGCACCGACCCACCACAAUCACCACCUGCACCACGAUCAGCACCCACCCACCACAAUCAGCACCCUCAUCGCAAUCAGCAACCACCCACCCACUACAAUCAGCAUCCACCCACCACAAUCAGCACCCUCACUACAAUCAGCACCCUCACCGCAAUUAG